CGACCAUUAUAAUAAAAGCAAGUACUGCUCUCCCUUCCUUAAUAUAUCAUAUUCAAUUACACCGAACUUGAAUUAGUAGAAACGUUAUUAGAUAGCAACGUCGUUUCAGUAGUUACAAGAUAGGUCACAUUCAUCUUGUUCAAAGUAUGUGGCUCUACAGAGUAACACACUUCUGGAAGGUGUCCAUCGAAAUCAAUAGCUUAUUUUCCUUGAUUUCAUUCUUUGUUGACAGCCUGGCUUUUUCACGUCUGAAUCUCUUGUUCUUGUCAUCUCUAUUGAUCAACUGCAUUGUUCUCUCCUUAUUCACUACAUUUAAAGUAUAUGUUAUUCCUGAAGAAACCAUUUAAAGAAAGCAUUAUGCAGAGUUUUUUUUUCAAUCCCUUUUGUUAAUGCACGUGCCCGAAUGAAUUUUUGUCCUAUCGGGUUUGCAAAAAAUAUGUAAAAUUUUACUUGCUGCCAUAAUUGCCUCCUCUUUUGUUUCUUCUUUUCUUUCACCUAAACUCACCUGUCA